AUGGCGGACUUGGACGCCCUCAGGGCGGACAACAUGCUGUGGGCUGCCUACCAGCGGGGCCUCAGGGCGGGAAGACGGGAGAUGGCUCCAGUCGAUGACCACGCAAAACCCCCACCCCCUCGACGACAACCAACGUCGAGUAGAGCGCGUAAUGAAACCGCGAGACCACAUCCAAGAGCCCACCCAACUCCCCCAAUCCGCAACCAGCCAACUAACGCCACCAGCACCCCGAGUCACAACAAACCAACCGCAACAGCCCCACGCCACAGCCCAUCUACCAACACAACACCGGUCCGCAACACGGCGCCCACCACCACUAGACCCCGCCCGCUCAUGGAGGUCUUAAUACCCAGACCGGCAAUACCGACCACCGGCGCGGACGGCGAAGCGGCGGGGACAUCCGGACAAUCGGGCGCGCUGCCAAAACGAAAACGCCCUUCGCAGCUGAGGAAGGACAGGCUAAAAUGGAAGGCCUUCUCACAGAGGAAGAAGGAGUCGAAGGCAAGGAACAGCCAGCAGUGGAGGCUGGAGAAAAUCGAAGAGGAGGAGUCACCGAUGGAUGUGGAUGAGGAGGUGUUGACGAGGCCACCGACAAGCCUCCCGGAGGUGGAUGAUGGGAUUUUCCACACGGCGCCAUCCUCCCCCAACCCGAUACCUCGAUCGCCCGGAACCCUCGACCAACAAACCUCCGACCAACAAACCCCCGCACCAGGACCCUCAGAGAGGAACGAUCCUCCGAGAACCCCGCCUCCCUUCAAGGAAGAUGGGAACGAGUAG